UCUGUUUCCAAGUGAACCACAUGUUCAUCGCUUCAGUUUUUUGUUUACAUUUUUCUUUCUAAUUUAAAUUUAAUUUCUUCUCAUUAUAAUUAAAAAUGCCUAAAGUUAAAGAGAAAUCGAGUUCAGGUCGAUUCGCAAGCCAACAGAGACAAAGUAUCGUUUUCAAUAAGGAUCUUGGGCAACAUAUUCUUAAAAAUCCUUUGGUGAUUGAUAAUAUGAUUGAGAAGGCUGCUCUUAGGCCUACUGAUGUUGUUCUGGAAAUUGGUCCUGGUACUGGUAACAUGACAGUGAAAAUAUUACCAAACGUGAAGAAAUUGGUAGUUUGUGAGAUCGAUAUAAGAUUGGUCGGUGAAUUGGAGAAACGUGUACAAGGGACACCUUACAAAUCCAAGUUGGACAUUUUAAUCGGCGAUGCUUUGGUCACCAAGUUUCCCUUUUUCGAUGUCUGUCUUGCCAAUAUUCCUUAUCAAAUUUCAUCUCCUUUAGUUUUCAAAUUACUUGCUCACAGGCCAUACUUUCGCUGUGCUAUAUUGAUGUUUCAACGGGAAUUUGCUCAACGAAUGGUAGCAAAGCCUGGAGAUAAAUUAUACUGUCGACUAUCUGUUAAUACUCAACUUUUAUCUCGUGUAGAUAUUAUCAUGAAAGUGAGUAAGAACAAUUUCAAACCACCUCCAAAGGUAGAGUCUAGUGUUGUCCGAAUCGAACCAAUUAAUCCACCUCCGGCUAUUGAUCUAAAAGAAUGGGAUGGAAUGUUAAGACUUGCCUUCCUUCGUAAAAACAAAACUAUCGGUGCAAUUUUCCAUCAGAAAAGUGUCCUCGAGUUAAUGGAAACUAAUUACAAAGUCUAUUGUAGCUUAAAGAAUAUCAAAAUUGAGGACAAAUUCGACAUCAAAGAGAAAAUCGAAAGCAUCUUGAAUGAAAGUGGAUUCGCAGAUUCUCGAGCUCGAACCAUGGAUAUCGAUUCUUUCCUAACCCUUUUAUGUGCCUUCAAUUCAAAGGGAUUUCAUUUUGUCAAAUAACUUUCAUUAUCCUUUCAAUACAAUCCAAUACAAUCCAGUUUAUUAAUUGUAAAUACAAAUAUAAUAUCUUUCAUUUUCUGUCCAAAAAAGGACAAGAAAAAGAGACGAACCAGAUAAUUUUGAUUCUCUGAUCCAUUUACAUGUAUUGUACUGGAUCAAUUUGGAUUAAAUUAACCAAUUGAUGUAAAAUUGUCCUAAUUUUAUCAAUCAUAACAA